AUGUGUGAGGUGGUGUGUGUGGUAGAGGUGAUGGGGGUGGGUAUGGAGGGGGGGGGAGGGGCGUGAAGCAGUCACCUAUUUGCAUAUUCUCUCCAUCCCUCAUUUCAUAGGCAGAUUACAAUCCUCUAUCAGAAUGGAUCAGUAUUUAUCAACAAAUUUAAAUAUAUGUGCGCAUCCAAGUGUGCAUUUGUGCGUCAUUCAUUGUGUGCCUCCUAUCUCUGAAUCCUCAGAUAUCACUAUGUAUGAAUGAACUAUGAAUGGAGUUUCCUAACGGCUGUCCUCUCUCCUCUCCUCUCCAGGUGCCCCUGGCUGACCAACACGAUCUCCCCCGCUGUGCCUCUCUACAAUGGCGUCGUCUUCCUCUUUGUGCUGGCCAACUUCAGCAUGGCUACCUUCAUGGACCCUGGAGUCUUCCCCAGAGGUCAGUUUCCUUAUUCUACUGAAAGUGUCUGUAUGAGAUGAAUGGGUCUCUCUCUCUUUAUGUCUGUCUGUCUGCAUGUCUGUCUGUCUGCAUGUCUGUCUGUCUGUCUGUCUGUCUGUCUGUCUGUCUGUCUGUCUGUCUGUCUGUCUGUCUGUCUGUCUGUCUGUCUGUCUGUCUGUCUGUCUGUCUGUCUGUCUGUCUGUCUGUCUGUCUCUCUCUCUCUCUCUCUCUCUCUCUCUCUCUCUCUCUCUCUCUCAGAGGGAAACACAUAUCCACUAUAGUGAGAUGCCUGUGGAACAUGGAUAAUCCUACUGCUCCUGCCUCCACACACUGUAUUUGUGUGGGGAGAAACAAAUUGCAGUUAAAUCCUUGCUCCUAGGAGAGGUAUGGCCUUAGGGGCAUUUUUCGUAGAUCCUACCCUGUCAAUACAAUCCUCGUGAGCUGUCAUCUUAUUCCUCUCCCUUCAAUUGGUGUAAAUCUGUGAAUGACGUAUGUACAGUGAAUGUGACUACCAGGUUCAAAUAUAAUAAUGUAAAGCCUUGAAAUGUAAAGGCUUAUAUUGUGUAUUGGAUGAUAAAGCCUCUCAUUAGUUUGUCUGCUGAGGAUUGUUUUGAAAAAGCAGACUGCAGGGGAGAUGUUUACAUUCAGUUUCUCAGUCGGUUACCUUUUAAAUCUAUUUGAAGAGUCUGAAAACUCAUAACAACCGAGAAGUCUCUCAGUAGGAUUGUGUGUGUGUGUGUGUGUGUGUGUGUGUGUGUGUGUGUUUUCAGAGUGUACUUGUUCAGAAGCCGCUCUCCCGAGUCCCAUGAUGAUCAGCCUUCAGGUUGAAUGGGCUCUUUGAUGAACCGAAAGACAUCACAUUUUAUUUCCUAUCUCACUCCAGAGCAAUACACUUCACAUAGAAAUAAAAAGAUUGUAAAGUGGCCCAUUGUGCAAAGAUCUACAAAACCUCUGGAAAUGUACUCGUUCAGAAAGACAGGGGCAGUGCAAUGAACAGCGGUGUGGAGUUGAUGUGAUUUCUUUUUUUUGUCAUCCAACUUGAAUGCAGGCCCUCUGGGCUUUAACCAUUACUGUGUGUUUACUACCUUGUUUCAGAGACUAUUUGCAACUGAGAGACUAUAUGCACCCUAGAAAUUAUUUGACUACCCACACAUCCAACCCUUACACACAAACUUACACACACACACACACACACACACACUCAGAACUCAUACACACACACACUCAGAACUCAUAUACACACACACACACACAGUCAACGCUGCUGUUCUAUUAUAUACUAUUGAUUCCACUGCCCACUUUAUAUUUGUAAAUGCAGUCCAUUAUUACUAUGCAUACUACCUCUUCUAUUUCUUCUACUACUUGUUAUUCUUUGACUCUUUUCAUUGUUAUUAUUGAUGAAUGUUCUGCUUUGUUGAAGGAGCUAGCACAUAAGCAUUUCACUGCACCUUUUAUACCGGCUGUAAACUGUAUAUUUGACAUACAUUUAAUUUUGAUUUGAUUUGAUGCCAAAUAUGUGGGCUACAAAAUGCAUAGUGUUUUUAUAAAAUGUCAAUUUGUACAGACAGCUAACCAUGGGAGUUAGCUUAAUUUAAGUCUACCUCCUGUUGCCCCUGUCAAAUGGAAUCGUAAAUCAGAUGUUUGUGUGUGUGUGUGUGCACGUGCGCACGUGUGUACUUGCCUGCUAACGUGUUCUCUCCCGUUGUGACAGCGGAUGAGGACGAGGACAAGGAUGAUGAUUUCCGGGCUCCUCUCUACAAGAAUGUGGAGAUCAAAGGAAUUCAGGUCCGGAUGAAAUGGUGUGCCACCUGUCACUUCUACAGACCACCCCGCUGCUCUCACUGCAGCGUGUGUGACAACUGUGUGGAGGUAAGACAGACACACAUAUACACACACACACACACACACACACACACACACACACACACACACACACACACACACACACACACACACACAGACACUCACACACACACAGAGACACACACACAGAGACACACACAGACAGACAGAUACACACAGACACACAGAGAGACACACACAGACACACAUACAUACACACACAGACACACACACAGACAGACACACACAGACAAACACACACACCACACGCUAGCCCAUUUGUCAGCCGUUGACACUACAAUGUGGUGUUAGCCUUGUUUCUAUGUGUGACCUCUACAGCUGACUGAUGGUAUGUGUUCACAGACAAGACUUGUCAAUCUACUGUCUGUGAACAAUGUUAUUCCUUAUUGGAUUGCAAUCAUGUUUUACACCACAUCCAAGCAACAUUCAGUAAAACAGAAGAUUGGUUUCAUAACUUUUUGUUUUUCCCAUUUGAAGCCCUACUCUCCAGCUGUGUUCCUGUACAGUCUGUCUCUCCAUGAAAGAGUUCAAAUCUGACUUUGAACUGAAGGUUGUGAGGCAGCCUCCUAUAUUUCAGACAAACUACUCACACUGGUGCUGUGCUCUUCAGUAGACGCUCAACCACAAUCAAAAACAAAGUCAGCUAAAGUAUGGUAGAUGUUUGUAAAAAUUCCAGACCUCAGAAAUCUGACUUAUGCAAUCAGAGAUGAUGGAAUUGAUUGAAACAUCUCUGUCGAGUGUGUGAAUACACUGAAGAGCUUUUAUCAUGUAGUAUAGAGUUGUAUGAUCCUGUUAUCUCCACUCUACCCUAUGACCAUCUCCUAACACCCAUCCAUCUCUCUCUGUCCCUCCCCAGGACCUUGACCAGCACUGCCCCUGGCUGAACAACUGCAUCUCUCCACCAUCCUGAACACCCAUCUCUUUCUCUCUCCUCAGGACUUUGACCACCACUGCCCCUGGGUGAACAACUGUAUCGGGCGUAGGAACUACCGUUACUUCUUCCUGUUCCUGCUGUCACUAAGCAUCCACAUGGUGGGCGUGUUCUCCUUCGGCAUGCUGUUCGUGCUGCACCACAUGGAGCGGCUGGGCACGCUGCACACCACCAUCACGUAUCCUUCCACAUUGACGCCAGCUGGGUCUCGUUUCACCUUCUGUUGUAUCAAAACUAGGGCCUUUUGUGUUAUGUUCUGAAGGGCCUGGGGAAAAGUGUGUCUGAGCAUUAAAAUGGACCACCAGAAAGGACCCCCCUCAUUUUCUAUGGGUUGACAAUCACAUCCUUGCGGGUGGAUUGUGAUAAUGAUUGAUUGUUGUAUAGAGAAAUUCCUCCUCUCUAAAAUAGUUGUCUGAAUGGCUCAGUGGCAGCCAUACAGUCAUUGGUGGCAGCGCUGGUUGGUUUGCAGCUGCUAAAAUGGCUCCUAACAACAUUGUGCUCUCCUUGACUACGUAUGUCCAGUCUGGUGGUGAUGUGUAUAGCAGGGCUCUUCUUCAUUCCAGUCAUGGGCCUGACAGGCUUCCAUAUGGUCCUCGUCGCCAGAGGUCGCACCACUAACGAACAGGUGAGAAGGGGCCCACCUAAGAGCAGCUUACCCAGACACACACACACACACUCACAAACAUACAGUACAUUCUAUCAUGUAUCAUACAGGACACAAUAUCAGCAUUGCAGCUUCACUUGCCAACUCAAAUCUGCUAGCUAGUUCUAGCUGUGUGUGUGUGUGCGUGUGUGUUCUGGCCUUGCAUCUCUUCUUCCUCCCACUCUAACAAAGCAUUCUGUUCCUCAGGUGACAGGCAAGUUCCGUGGAGGAGUAAAUCCCUUCACGCGGGGUUGCUGUGACAACAUCAAGUAUGUCCUGUGUGCUCCCCUGGCGCCCAGGUAAGCAGGACAUGGUUUCCUACUGUAGGUCAGGGGGUGUGGGUGGUGGGAGCCGGACAGACGGGCAUUAAAAAGUCAGCGGUAACGAAGACCGAGGGGGUUGCCACGGUACCCGUUCUGAUGUAGUCAUUCUGAGUAGACUGCUGAGAUAGAACUGCAGCAAUGUCCAAAGAGAGGUGUGUGUGUGCACGCAUGCGUGCGUUUUCUACCUGGAUGAAGCCACCCCCAGAGGAAGGCAGAUGGCUGGGAGAACUGAAUCACUUUGUAGAACAAAAGUUAAGGGGAAAUCAAGUACAGCACAAACACACGUUCACACAUUCAGGAGCCAGACCUCAGAGCCUGAUUAAGGAUAACUUUUGGGAGAUAUUACACUGCUAAAAUUAACACUAUAGAUAGCCUCAGAUAGACAAUACCCAGGUGGGGACUGAAACGGUUUUAUUAAAGUCAUCAUCCACCAUUGAAUUCGCCCCAUACUCCCAUAUAGCCUGAGUCCUAGAUAUGUUUGUGCUGUCUUGCCAACUCCUAUGUCAUUGUCACUUGACAAUAACACAGGAGUUGGCAAGACAGUACAAACAAAUCUGGGACUCAGGCUAACUCUCAUAUGAUGAGUCGUCUCUCCUCUCCUCUAUAUAGGUACAAUGGUGUGGACCCAAGGAAGAAGCCCCCUGUCUCCAUCAAGCCCCCCUUCAUUAGACCAGACCUCUCUGACAAACAGAUCAGCAUCAAGGUCAGCGACAACGGGAUCCACACCAGCAUCCUCCGGUCUAAAGUAAGCUUCAGUACAUUCAGUAGAUACAAUAGUCAUAUUUCUAGUCUUAUUCCAUGUCCUAUCCCUGCUUUUAUUCCCAGUUCUAUUAUCUAUAUUUCACCUAGACAUCUUUCUAGUCCUCUUCAACUGUACUAUUCCCAGCCAGUCCCUUUACCUAACCCUGUCCCCAGUCAUAACCCUAGUCCUAUCCCCGGUUCUGUUCUUCCACCUGCUGUUCUUUUUAAGACCACAUUUAACCCCUCGUCAUCUCCCCUGUCCAGUCCAAGAUCAGUCUGGAUGGUCUGACCCUGGAUGACAAAGGCCUAGACACCCAGCCUCCACUACCCCCCAAAGCUGACCGCUACAACCAGCUGAAGAGCCAGCUGACGUCCAGCGAAGGUAAUAAUGGGCAAUCUAUGCAAAGUCAUCACAUUUCUCUGUCUCUCUCUCUCUCUCUCUCUCUCUCUCUCUCUCUCUCUCUGUGAAUCAGUGAUGCGCGGGUCAGCUGUUUGUUCACCCACACCUGCACGCAAUCGCUAAUAACCCGCACCCGCCCGAAGUUGGAAUGGAACCCGGGUUUGGUUGUCUGCUGCAAUAGCCCAUCCGUGACAACGAUCGACGAGUUGUGCGUUCCGAGAUGCCGUUCUGCACACCACUGUUGUACUGCGGCGUUAUUUGUCUGUUUUUGGCCCACCUGUUAGCUUGCAUGAUUCUUGCCAUUGUCCUUCGACCUCUCUCAUCAACGAGCAGUUUUUGCCCAACAGAACAGAAAGAUGGUGCCGGAGGGGAUGGCUGCUGUUUUACGGGCUCCAAACCAACUGUGCUAAUUUGUUAGUUUUCUGGCGUUGUUUGUAACUUAUUUUUUUACUUAUUGUGUACAUAAUGUUGCUGCUACCAUCUCUUAUGACCGAAAAUAACUUCUGGACAUCAGAACAGCGAUAACUCACCUCGAACUGGACAAAUAUUUUUUUUUUUAUUAACAAGUCCGACGCGAAGGAUAUACUGCUUUCUCGAGAACGGGCCCAAAUCCUCGUCAUUUGCGUGAAGAAAAGACAGAGAAAAAGGGGGCGGAGGUCGGACUGCCUUCUGAGAAUUCGUAGGCGAGUGAGUAAACCUCCACUACCAUCCGUUCUAUUGGCCAACGUGCAAUCAUUGGAAAACAAAAUCGAUGAUCUACGAUCAAGAAUAUCCUACCAACGGGACAUUAAAAACGGUAAUAUCUUAUGUUUCACUGAGUCGUGGCUGAACGACGACACGGAUAAUAUAGAGCUGGCAGGAUUUUUCAUGCAUCGGCAGGACAGAGACGCUACGUCUGGUAACGCGAGGGGCGGGUGUGUGUGUCUAUUUGUCAAUAACAGCUGGUGCGCGAUGUCUAAUAUUAAAGAAGUCUCGAGGUAUUGCUCGCCUGAGGUAGAGUACCUUAUGAUAAGCUGUAGACCACACUAUCUACCAAGAGAGUUCUCAUCUAUAUUAUUCGUAGCCGUCUAUUUACCACCACAAACCGAUGCUGGCACUAAGACCGCACUCAACGAGCUGUAUAAUGCCAUAAACAAACAAGAAAAUGCUCAUCCAGAAGCGCCGCUCCUAGUGGCCGGGGACUUUAAUGCAGGCAAAUAUAAAUCUGUUUGACCUUAUUUCUACCAGCAUGUCAGAUGACGCGGAUGCUACUCUACAGGACUGUUUUGCUAGCACAGACUGGAAUAUGUUCCGGGAUUCAUCCAAUGGCAUUGAGGAGUAUAUCACCUCAGUCAUAGGCUUCAUCAAUAAGUGCAUCGACGACGUCGUCCCCACAGUGACCGUACGUACAUAUCCCAACCAGAAGCCAUGGAUUAUAGGCAACAUCUGCAUCGAGCUAAAGCCUAGAGCUGCCGCUUUCAAGGAGCGGGACACUAAUCCGGACGCUUAAAAUAAAUCCUGCUACGCCCUCAGACGAACCAUCAAACAGGCAAAGCGUCAAUACAGGAAUAAGAUUGAAUCCUACUACACCGGCUCUGACGCUCGUCGGAUGUGGCAGGGCUUGAAAACUAUUACGGACUACAAAGGGAAACCCAGCCGCGAGCUGCCCAGUGACGCGAGCCUACCAGACGAGCUAAAUGCCUUUUAUGCUCGCUUCGAGGUAAGCAACACUGAAGCAUGCAUGAGAGCACCGGCUGUUCCGGACGACUGUGUGAUAACGCUCUCGGUAGCCGAUGUGAGCAAGACCUUUAAACAGGUCAACAUUCACAAAGCCGCGGGGCCAGACGGAUUACCAGGACGGGUACUCAAAGCAUGCGCAGACCAACUGGCAAGUGUCUUCACUGACAUUUUCAACCUCUCCCUGACCGAGUCUGUAAUACCUACAUGCUUCAAGCAGAAAAACAUAGUCCCUGUGCCCAAGGAAGCGAAGGUAACCUGCCUAAAUGAUUACCGCCCCGUAGCACUCACGUCGGUAGCCAUGAAGUGUUUUGAUGCUGGUUUUAAGGCUGAUCAUGGCUCACAUCAACAGCACCAUCCCGGAUACCCUAGACCCACUCCAAUUUGCAUAAUGCCCCAACAGAUCCACAGAUGACGCAAUCUCAAUCACACUCCACACUGCCCUUUCCCACCUGGACAAAAGGAACACCUAUAUGAGAAUGCUGUUCAUUGUGCCCACAAAGCUAUUCACUAAGCUAAGGACCCUGGGACUAAACACCUCCCUCUUAACUGGAUCCUGGACUUCCUGACGGGCCGCCCCCAGGUGGUAAGGGUAGGCAACAACCGUCUGCCACGCUGAACCUCAACACUGGGGCCGCUCAGGGGUGCAUGCUUAGUCCCCUCCUGUACUCCCUGUUCACCUACGACUGCAUGGCUAAACACGACUCCAACACCAUCAGUAAGUUUGCUGACGACACAACAGUGGUAGGCCUGAUCACCGACAACGAUGAGACAGUCUAUAGGGAGGAGGUCAGAGACACUGCCAGGACAACAACCUCUCCCUCAAUGUGAGCAAGACAAAGGAGCUGAUCGUGGACUACAGGAAAAGGCGGGCCGAACAGGCCCCCAUUAACAUCGACGGGGCUGUAGUGGAGUGGGUCGAGAGUUUCAAGUUCCUUGGUUUCAGUUCGAGGGGUUCGAGAUUUCAGUUCGGCUUGGAUGCAUAUUUUAUGUGGUUGAAAUACUAUCCGUUUGGGGUCUCCCGAGUGGCACAGCGGUCUAAGGCACUGCAUCGCAGUGCUUGAGGCAUCACUACAGGCCCGGGUUCGAUCCCGGGCUGUGUCACAACCCAUAGGGUGGCGCACAAUUGGCCCAGCAUCAUCCGGGUUAAGGGAGGGUUUUGCCGGGGGGGGGCUUUACUUGGCUCAUCGCGCUCUAGCGACUCCUUGUGGCUGGCCGGGCGCCUGCAGUCUGACCCCGGUUGUCAGUUGAACUGUGUUUCCUCACACACUUUGGUGUGGCUGGUUUCCGGGUUGGGCGGGUGUUAAAAAGAGCGGUUUGGCAGGUCAUGUUUCGGAGGACGCAUGAAUCAACCUUUGCCUCUCCUAAGCCCGUUGGGGAGUUGCAGCGAUGAGACAAGAUCGUAAUUGGAUUGAAAAAGGGAGAGAAUAAAAAGAAUAAUAAAUAAAUAAAAUACUAUAGCACCUUUACAGACGAUCCCUAGCCGUGCAUUCAUUCUCUCAAGAUGCUGAAAGAAAUCAAUCAUAUUUCUCUACUCCUGUUCCUGAGUCAAAAUGUACAUUUGGUGUAUCAUUUUACUGCAAGAAAUGCUUAAUUCUGCAGGAGUUAGUAUUAUAUUAGGCUAUGCGAGAGGUUACAGUGCCUUCAGAAAGUAUUCAUACCCCUUGACUUAUUCCACAUUUUGUUUUGUAACAGCCUGAAUUUUAAAUGGAUUAAAUCGAUUUUUUCUCUCACCCAUCUACACACAAUAAUGACAAAAUGAAAACAUGUUUUUAGAAAUUUUAGCACAUUUAUUGAAAAUGAAAUAUAGAAAUAUCUCAUUUACAUAACCAUUCAUACCCCUUUGCAAUGACGCUCCAAAUUGAGCUCAGGUGCAUCCAAUUUCCUUUGAUAAUACUUGUUAUGUCACUACAACUUGAUUGGAGUCCACCUGUGGCCAAUUCAAUUGUUUGGACAGGAUUUAGAAAGAAAUACACCUGUCUAUAUAAGGUCCCACAGUUGACAGUGCAUGUCAGAGCAAACUAUACCAUGAAGUCCAAGGAUCUGCCCGUAGAUCUCCGAGAUAGAAUUGUGAUGAGGCAUACACUACCGUUCAAAACAGGUCCUCAACUGGCAGCUUCAUUAAAUAGUACCCGCAAAACACCAGUCUCAAUGUCAACAGUGAAGAGGCGACUCCGGGAUGCUGACCAUCUAGGCAGAGUUGCAAAGAAAAAGCCAUAUCUCAGACUGUCCAUCUAAAUCUUUUAUUUUUAUUGCCAAGUCUGAGAUAUGGCGUUUUCUUUGCAACUCUGCCUCAGGGAGGUGACCAAGAACCCAAUGACCACUCUGACAGAACUACAGAGUUCCUUGACUGAGAUGGGAGAACCUGCCUGAAGUCUCCACAGCACUUCACCAAUCUGGGCUUUAUGAGAGAGUGGCCAGACAGAAGCAACUCCUGAGAAAAAGGCACAUGACAGCACACCUGGAGUUUGCAAAAAGGCACAUGAAAGACUCGGAGAGCAUAAGGCAAAAUAUUCUGUGGUCUGAUGAGACAUAAAUUGAACUCUUUAGGCUGAAUGCAAAGCGCUAUGUCUGGAGAAAAACCAGGCACAGCUCAUUACCCAUCAACACCAUCCCUACCGUGAAGCAUGGUGGUGGCAGCAUCAUACUAUGGGGAUGGUUUUGAGCAGCAGGGACUGGGAGACUGGUAAGGAUAGAGGGAACAAUGAAUGGAGCCAAAUACAGCCAAAUCCUUGAUGAGAACCUGCUUCAGAGUGCGAACGAUGUUAAACUGGGGCAAAGAUUUACAAUCCAACAGGACAAUGACCCCAAGCAUACAGCCAAAACAACGCUGGAAUGGCUUCAGAACAACAUGAAAGUCCUUGAGUGGCCCAGCCAAAGCCCAGACUUGAAUCCCAUUGAAAAUCUGUAGAAAGAUGAAGAUUGCUGUUCACCACUGCUCCCCAUCUAACUUAACAGAGCUUGAGAAAAUCUGCAAGGAAGAAUGGGAGAAAAUCCCCAAAUCCAGAUGUGCAAAGCUGAUACAGAUGAUUCAAAGCUGUCAUCGCCGCUAAAUGUGCUUCUACAAAAUAUUGACUCAGGGGUGUGAAUUAUUAUGUAAAUUAGAUAUUUCUGUAUUUCAUUUUCAGUAAAUUAGCAAACAUUUCUAUAAACAUGUUUUCACUUUCUCAUUAUUGGGUAUUGUGUGUAGAUUGGUGAGAAAUCUAUUUAAUCCAUUUUGAAGUCAGGCUGUAACGCAACAUAAUGUGGAAUAAGUCAGGGGGUAUCAAUACUUUCUGAAGGCACUGUAUAAACCUACAGUCAGUGCCCAGAUUUCAGUUACUAUUCCAUUUAACCCAUCUAAACAGCAGACUACAGAUCCCUUGACGUGCCAUAUUUGAAGUCCCAGUCUUGUGACUUUCAAAGUUGUAUAGCGCCUCAAUCAUCACACAUAACAUCACACUCCCAACUGCUAUCAACCUCUUUUACCAAAUUUACAAAAUCUUUCCCAAACAUUUCUGUUCUGGCCUUCCCUUUUCUUUAUUUUCAACUCCCUAUUUCGUAGCUUUUCUCUUAUUGAAUUAAGCUAUGACAUUGUCCUUUUUGCCUCAGUGGAUCAACGUUUUCUGCCCAAGUUCCCGAUAGCAUUUGGCGCACGUACAGUAAGGCCCUAAAGCUUUGGCUUACGCUCUAAUUAAGCAAUAAGGCCCGAGGAGGUGUGGUAUAUGGCCUAUAUACCACAGCUAAGGGCUGUUCUUAUGCACGAGUGCCUGGAUACCGCCCUGAGCCGUGGUAUAUUGGCCAUAUAUCACAAACCCCAGAGGUGCCUUAUUGCUAUUAUAAACUGGUUACCAACGUAAUUAGAGCAGUGAAAAUAAAUGUUUUGUUAUACCAAUGGUAUACGGUCUGAUAUACCAUGGCUGUCAGCAUUCAGGGCUCGAACCACCCAGUUUAUAAUGGCAGAUAAAAAAUAAUGAAAGAGAAACCUCAGUGUAGCCUAUAGAUAUGAAUUGCACAAUAAUGCAUUGUUUUCUCUUUAUUCAACCUGCCCGCCACCCACCCGCUCUUCAUCCACACAAUAUUUCAUGACCCUAAACCCGCACACCCCGCGGAUAUAACCGCGGGACUGCAGGUUAUGAGUCAACCCGCAAAUCACUAGUGUGUAUCUCUCUCCCUCGUUCUCACUCUCCCUGUGUUUCUCUCUCUGUCUCUUUUUGUUUCUUUCUCUCUCUGGUGUAUUGCCCCAAACUGCUCUCUCUGGCCCCCUAAAAGCGCUCCAUCUCAGUGCUAGUUAGUGACUUAUAGCUAGUUGGGCUUGAUGAAUGAACUCCAGCAUGGCAGGCCUCUAUGGCUCUUCAUCAGCGAGUAGAAAUUAAGUGUAAUUUGUCAUGAAUGGGCCUGGUUCAGUCAAUCUGCUCCAGAUUUGUUAUAGACUGGAUGUGGGUAUGCAGACCCGCAAGCCACUGCGGCCCCUCGUGAUGAGUUCUGAUUUUUUGUGGCGCCCACCCCCAUCAAAGUUGCCCAUUCCUGAUCUAUAGUGUCAUGGGUGCAUUAUGUCUGGAGCUCCUUCCUGACAGUUAUUUCAAUCACUGUAGCUCUACUGCCACUUGGUGGUGUUGUAUGUUACUGCAUUAUUUGCAAUGACAAAAUCACUGCAUCACAACAAGAUUUACCUAACAACAUUGCUAGGACAUGUCCAGUGUCUGUUGUACCGAAAAAGUCAAAGCAAGGAUUUCCAUGCAAGGACGAUUCCUUGUGAUUUUUGUCUGUAUAUGUUAGUUUCUGAAUGUCUAUUCUUUCCUCCAUUUGCCUUUCUGUUUUAGCUUGAGAUGGCUUUCACAACAUAAUGAGAUAUGAAAGGCUCUGAUGAUGACAACACUAUCAAUUCUAACACACCAUAAAAUGGAUGCUUACAUCCUUACACCAGAUAAUAGUCUGUCUCUCACAGUAACAUUGUCUUUUCUGUCUUCCCCUUCCAGAUAGUUCCCUGUCCGGCAAGACCCAUCCCUCCUCCCCGGCCAUGUACAAGUACCGGCCCUCGUUCGGCACCAUCCCUAAAGUCCAUUACCACGCGGCAGGGGAGAAGGUCAGACUAAAUGACUGAAUUGUAAUAGUAAUUGCAAACAGGCUUACCCAAUACUUUUGCUGUAUUCCUGCACAGUUGCGAGGGUGACUGCAUAUAAAUUAACAGCUCUUUCAAUUUUUUAUAAAAAUGUUUUCAUUAUAGUAUGGCUAGUCAAAAUAAUAGUCCAUAUUCCUCACUACUUCUGUGUUGUUUUGUGUUGUCAGAUUGUAAUGCCUGAUGACCACUGUAAGGCGUCAGCCAUCUUGGAGGAGGGCCGUUGCCAUGUCGACUACCGCUCAGAGCCCAACCUGGACCUGCCUGACUACCGCAACGCCCCUCUCCACCGAUCCUUCCAGUCCUCCCCACUGCAGCUGGACUCCUACCCCAUCACCUCCAGCUCCCUCAGCCUGAAGCAUGCCUACCAGCGCAGGGACAAGGGCCAGCUGCCUGUCCUGCAGCCUGAGACAGUCACCGCCACCCCCUACAAGAGCGUCUUCUCCCCACUGUCCAACCGCAACAGCAGCCUCUCCUACGACAGCCUGCUCAACCCCAGCAUUUCCCCAGCCACCGCAGCCGAGUGCAUAGCCCACCCCGGCAUGCCCUCUAUGGGCUCACACUCACCCUUCCUGCCAACCAAAAUGUGCCACGUGCGGGGGCCUGAACCUCAGAUCCAGAGGCAGCAGGUCCCCCCCAGCUUCAGCCCGGUGUUGGGCUCCAGGGGGAUGGGGUUGAGCAGGGGCAGGCAGUCCCCCCAGGACCGGGACCUGUCCCCGGUGCGCUACGACAACCUCUCCAAAACCAUCAUGGCCUCCAUCCAGGAGCGUAAAGAGAUGGAGGAGAGGGAGAAGCUGCAGCUGCUGCACCACGGGGGGCGCUCCCAGGCUCAGUCCUAUGCCCAGGCUCAGGCCUAUGCCCAGGCUCAGGACAUGUUCGACAGCUCUGGAGGGUACGGCCUGCCUCCCAGCGCCUGCUACCCCGACGGUCCCCGGGGCCCCAGCUCCAGAGGCCCCACGCCCCCAGCCUACGGAGGUUCCAGGGACAACCUGAUGGGGGUGGGGGUGGUGAGCUAUGGGCCUCGGACCCCCGUGCUGCGCUCCUCUGGUGGCUCCUCUCUGGUACGUGCCCCCAGGACUUCCUCCAGCUCCCUGCACACUGACAGCAGCAUGCAGGGAGGCAGGGCCCCUGAGCCCCUCUGCCGCUCCCCGGCCCAACAGCCCCACCACUCCCCCGCCAUGCCUCGAUCCCCCUCCUACACCCACAAGAAACUCUCCUUCAUCCACGCCCUGGAGAGGACAGACUCACCCCGCCUGGGUGGCCCAAGGUACGAAUCCUAACAUACCCCUAACGUCUCCUGGGGUGCAUGAAAUGAGCUGAGGGGCUGGGUAGGGGAGCAGAACUCACUCCCCACAGGAAGCCCUGAAGCUCUGAUGCCCUGCUGGCUGACUGGGUAGAAACCAGCGGUGGAUGGGCUCUAGUCCCCCACACAGGAUGAGUAGUGAGCCUCGGAGAGCUAAGGCUAGGUGUUAACAUGUAGCAUCUGUAUACAUACAGUUUCCUUCAGAUAUUAUACCCUUUUAUCCUAAUUAAGUACUGUGCAUGAUAUAUGUCACUGGAUUUUAUUGUUUUGCCUUCAUAGGAAGUAUUUUUCUAAGUUGUCUGUCAUGAUGAAUAAAGUUGCAUUACCCCACCAUAAUUUCCUUCUGUUUGCAUGCUUUUCUCCCUCCUGUCACUCUCUUCCAUCUGGGAAGGGAACAUUAACAUCUACAUCUCUCUAUGCAUGUUUUUAGCACCUACAGAAAAUCCAUACAAACCUACAUUAUCACUAACAACAAACUAUGGUUUUACCCCUUAUUUCACCAAAUGUAAUUCAGAUUUUUGGGUCAUGAAUACACCAGUCAUGGUAAUUUAUGCUAGCACCAGCAGGUACACUGGCAUGUGUUUCAUUACUCCUCUAACUAGUGUCAUGGUCAUUUCCAUACUGCAUGCUCCUGGGACCAGCCACACAACACCAACUACUAACACCACCAGAACAUGCAUGCGAGAACAAUACGCAGAUUUUCUGGUGUGACAACGGAAUUACCUUUCCAUGUAAUCUGUGUUUAUACUGCAUGUGCAUGUAUGUAGAUGGAGGGAGAGAUUAUAUCUAAAGCUAAGUUAGUUCUCACUUCAAAUAACUAUGCCCUCUCUUGUUUUUUUCUCCCCAUUCAGAGAGGCCAUGAUGCAAAGUAAAGUGAAUGGGCAAACGGACUGCCAUCUAGGGCCCAACAGCUCCAGUGCCCAGGGCACCACUCUCAGCCCUAGCCGCCACAGUAAUGUCAAAAAGGUGACCGGGGUGGGUGGCACCACCUAUGAGAUAUCUGUGUGA